AUGGGUGACCUGUUUAUGCUGUGGGCAGCGGGGGUCAUGUGCUGCGCCAACCUCAGUGCUUCCGCCUGGUCAGUGAACAAUUUCCUGAUAACAGGUCCCAAGGCCUAUCUCACCUACACUACCAGCGUGGCUUUGGGUGCGCAGAGUGGCAUUGAAGAGUGUAAGUUCCAGUUUGCUUGGGAGCGAUGGAACUGCCCUGAAAAUGCUCUCCAGCUCUCCACUCACAACAGGCUGAGAGGCGCCACUAAGGAGACUUCCUUCAUUCAUGCUAUCAGCUCUGCUGGAGUCAUGCACACCAUCACCAAGAACUGUAGCAUGGGUGACUUUGAAAACUGUGGCUGUGAUGAGUCAAAAAAUGGAAAAACAGGAGGCCAUGGCUGGAUCUGGGGAGGCUGCAGCGACAAUGUGGAAUUUGGGGAAAGAAUCUCCAAACUCUUUGUGGACAGUUUGGAGAAGGGAAAGGAUGCCAGAGCCCUGAUGAAUCUACACAACAACAGGGCCGGCAGGCUGGCAGUGAGAGCCACCAUGAAAAGGACUUGCAAAUGUCACGGCAUCUCAGGGAGCUGCAGCAUCCAGACGUGUUGGUUGCAGCUAGCAGACUUCCGGGAGAUGGGAGACUACCUAAAGGCCAAGUAUGAGCAGGCACUGAAAAUUGAGAUGGAUAAGCGUUGGCUAAGGGCUGGGAACAGCGCGGAGGGUGGCUGGGCUCCCACCGAGGCCUUCCUUCCCAGCGCCCAGGAGGAGUUGAUCUUUUUAGAGGAAUCUCCAGACUACUGUGCCCGCAACACCAGCCUGGGCAUCUACGGCACAGAGGGCCGCGAGUGCCUACAGAACAGCCGAAACACAUCCCGAUGGGAGCUGCAACGCAACUGUGGGCGCUUGUGCACCGAGUGCGGGCUGCAGGUGGAAGAGAGGCGGACUGAGGCCACGAGGAGCUGCAACUGCAAGUUUCAGUGGUGCUGCACAGUCAAGUGUGACCGGUGCAGGCAGGUUGUGAACAAGUAUUACUGUACACAUUUCCCAGGAAGCAAGGACAGUGCCUGA